AUUUUCUAGACUCAAUUAGAAUUCUAUUUGCUCACAGCUGCAAGUCAUCUAGUUUUCACAUUUGCUAGACUCAAUUAGAAUUCGUUUGCAAACGUUUCAACACACAUCAUUAAAAAAAAAAAAGAAAAUAAAAUAAAAAUAAAAAUAAAAAUGGCCAUAGAUCAAAAUCCUGUAAACGAUACGGAUGGAGCCGAGGCAUUCCCCAUGUCCAUGGAGGAGAUAAUGGCAGACCUCAACAGCCAAGAUGUGAGUCUCCAAAUAGAGGUUAUGAAGAAGAUCCGCAAAAUCCCCCAGCUGAAGGACAAUCUACCCUUUGAAGAUGUGGAGAAUUUGGUCUCCAAAUGCAUGGAUUUGAUUCAAGAGCAGAACACUCCGGAAGUGCAGAGUGAAGCCGCCCGUCUGUUGGCCUACAUUACGCUGGGCACUCUUAAUCCGAGCAGCGAUGUGAUUAAGCAUGAGGCACUGCCUGUGCUGCUUGUCCUAUUGCAAUCGUCUGGAUUAAAACUGAAGGAACGUGCUGCCUGGGCAAUGAGCGUUAUUGCCUUGGACUCGCAUGCUGCUCGCAAUGAGAUGAUCGAAAUCGGCGUGAUUGAUGUCAUUCUGGGACUCCAUGGCUAUGAAGAAAUGCCGGUGAUGCUUUAUAUUGUGACUCUUAUGAUGAGUCUGUGCAACAAUAAACACCCAUCGCCCCCGUUUGAGAAGGUGAAACGUUUUCUGCCCAUGCUGUCGGAGCUUCUACUAAGUCCCCGUCCUGAAAUAGCGGAAGUCUCUUGCCAGACCAUACUCCACAUUACCGACAUUGAGACUGACGAAACGAUUCAAACCGUGAUGGACUCGGGAGCAGUGCCCCGUCUGGUGAAUCUAAUGAAACAUGACGAUCCAGACGUUGUGCUGGCAGCCGUCCACUGUGUGGGAGCUCUAGUCUUGGGUUCGAAUGAGCAGAUUGAGACGAUUCUUGCUUUUGGUGUCCUAGAGAUUCUGAAAACUCUGCUGUGCCACCAGGAUCGGAAAAUUGUUAAAAUAGCCUGCCUGGCUGUGGGUAAUAUCAUUACCGGAAGCCAGAAGCGUAUUCAGGCUGUUAUCGAGGUUGGCAUUUUCCAACGUAUCCAAAUGAUGAUAGAAGAGAAUGACAUUGUGGAUCAGAAGAACGCCGUCUUUAUAGUCUAUGCUGUAAUAGCCAAUGGAACUCCGGGUCAACUUGCUCAUCUUGUGACUAACCACAAGAUCUUACGCCCGUUCAUUCGUCUAUUGGAUGCGAAGAAUACUUUCGUUCUUACCAUUGUCCUUAAGGGACUGGAGUAUCUAUUCGAAAAGGCCAAGAGUUUCACUGGCACACAGAAUCUUUGUGUGCAGCUGCUGGAAAUGUAUGGACUGACGAAAUUGAAGGCUCUGCAAGAGGACGAGAAUGCAGACAUCUCGAAAGUGGCCAAAUUACUUUUGCAGAAAUAUUUCCAGCCGAACGAGGCUACAUCUAAGGAAGGAAACCCACCGGACGAUAAGAAAGUAGAGGAACUUAUCGACUCCAUUGCUGGCGAGCUGCGUAAACUUGCAUCAAAUGAAACUAACUAAAACUAAAUGCAUGAUGUUGUAUUUUUUUUCAUUUUUUUUUGUAUUUUACUAUGAAUAUGAAUAAUAAUGAACCAUAAUUGGGCAAA